GAACGAAAAGUGUGGCUCUACAUCAUGUCGGCGGGGAUUUCAGCAGUGUAUACGGGCUUCUACUUCGCCGUAGCGUUAGCGGUUGGAUUUCCCGUCCCAUUCUCGUACUUGACGCUGGACAUGGUGUGGAUCUCGCUUAUCGUCGGAGGACUCUGGAUUUACAUUGGCCCCACAUGUCGCGCGAGCGCCACUGUCCGUCAAUGCCUGAAAAAGCACGCCAUCUUCAUCUACGCAGCCUCCAGCUUAGCGGUCGUGUAUCCGUUGUUUUACUACGCCUUCUUGUGUGCUAGAGAAUACGCCAGCGUGCAAUUGCUGCUCACUUUUGCGCUUCCGAUUAUCAAGAUGAUGGAAAAGUUGCUCCUGUAUCGUACCACAGCGCACGCGUCCGACCUGCAGCCGGUGUUUAUCGCUUUCAACGUCGAUGUGUUCAACGCGCUCUUCGUGUCGAGUUGUAUGCGCAACUCGACGUCCAUGUCGGUGACUACGACGCUCAUGAUGGCCGACUUUGUUGGAGCCUGCGCGGCGCUCUACGGACUUCAGAACACGAUCGUGCAUAUU